GUAGACGAAAAUUUGAGGCUCGGUGGGUUACGCGCUGGCAACCCCAAAUCACACGACGGCAGCACUGUACCCGGAGUGCCUAAGAUGUGGGAGGCGCUUCAAUCGCUCGACUAUGACGAUCCAGCGAAAAAAUGAGUGGAGGGAAGAAUGGACGUUCAAGGAAGGGUCACGGAAGGGAGACCUGGACAAGGCUCGCGCCCGCGAGAAGGUGAAAGGCUGGUGGACGGACAUGCGUGCGGAGUUUAGGGACGCUAAGAAGAAGAAAGAGAAGAGUGGGAACAACGCUGAACACUACUGGUCCUUCUGUAACCAGAAGCUGUACGUCCUGCUCAUGAUGGACUGGUACGAGCUGAGGGGUGGCGACAGCGCGAACGAGCACUGCGCAAGGUACUUCAGCGUGAGGCUCAGCGAGGAGGAUGGGGAAGCUUUCAACACUCUGUCCAUGGAAGACGAGCAGUCUUCCAGCGAUUCGGAUGAACCGCCCGCUCCGAAGGGGAAGCCGCGAGCGCGGAAGGCGAGGGAGAAGGGGAAGGUCAAACCGGAAGAAACCUUGGUCCAACUUGUGGACGCAUUCAAGACCACAUCAAACAACAUUGCAGCGGCGAUGAACAAGAUUGCGGACAACGACGCCGAGAAUCCCGUGGGUACGUUGAUUGCUGCCAGCGAUCGCCUUGAUGACUGUGACGAGAGGUUGAAAAAUGCGAAAGAAGAAGGAGCGUCCAAAAGAAAAAUUGAAAGGCUCACUCAAAACCUCGCAGUAGCGCAGGAGGAGUACGACAAAAUCUACAAAAAGACCAGGCCUGCUGCAGAGAAAGCGGCGGAGGAAGAGGAAGAAGAUGAGGAAGGGAGUGAAGUUUCGUAGCGAUUUGUCGUGAAGGCCCUUCGGACGAAUCAAACCCGACUUCUUCCAACGACGCAUGAAGAGGAUGUCUUGUCGUUUCGGGUUUGAUUCACACGGCAUAGGUUGGGUACAUGCAUUUUUCUGAGUAUGGCUAGUGUUUUUUUUCCGUUGUGUGCAGCACGAAGGUAAGGCACU